UCUUCCACAAAACUAAAGAGUAAAAUUGAAAGACAAAGCAAUGGUCAUUGAAAGACAAAAAUGGGGUGAAUAGAGAAUAAGGGCCCAUCUAGAAUCCCUUGACUUUGAGGACGCUUUCUCACUCACUCUCUCUAUCCCUAAUCAAUUCCCCCUUUAAAAUUCUUAGUCACCAAGAAAUUGAACAGCAUCAUCACCCUUGAAGCUAACAACGUUGUGAUUGUGAAGCUAUUCAAAUUACCCCCUUCACCCUCCCCUGCUUUCCAAACCAACCACACACAACACAAGCCUACGCAAUUAUUUUUUCUUCCUCUUCAAACCAACUCACACAAACACCCAUAACAAAACACAAAAAGAAAACCAUGCUUGAUCCUCGAAGAGACCAACCCCCAAUUUCUUUUCCGUUGUCCAAUGAAAUGGGACACACAACUCAUUGUUAUGAUGCAUGGGGAGCCACAAAUUCUGAUUUUUUUGCUUCAAAGAAACAAUCUAAGAGCUACAAGAAUUGUCAUAGCUACAAUGAUAUGGAAGUUCAAUUGGGAACAGGAUCGAAGGUUGAUGAGUCUGGUAUUUGUUCACCUCCUCUAUGGGCUACAAGCCCACCAAGGAGUUCCCAUCAUCGCAAAAACUAUUAUCGAUGUCUUUCCCCUGCAUCGAAGACUCAAGCCAUUGCAAGGGGCCAAAGGGAGCUCAUGGAAAUGGUUAAGAACAUGCCCGAGUCAAGUUACGAGCUUUCUUUGAAAGAUCUCGUGGAACACCCAAGGGUUGAAGUUGGCGAAGAGAGAAAAGGAGGGGAGAAGAAAUUGAGCAACAAAAAUAUGCACAAUAGAAAGGUUGAUAAGAAAAAACAGGUGAAGAGAAGUGGGAAUAUUGAUAAUGGAGGGUUCUAUCUCAAAAUGGUCUUUCCAAUUUCUUUGGGAUCUAAAAAGAAGAUGAAUUAUGACUUCUCGGUGAAUAAUAAUAGUCCAAACAAGGUGUCUCCUAGAACAUCUGUUUCUGAUGGAUCCACUAAAAGCCUUGAUAAAGAAUGGUGGAAGAAGAACCUUUCAGCUUCUGGUGGAGAGAGUGAUAGUGGUAUAUCAAGUAUUAAUAGUGGAAGCAUGAAAAGUUCAAGUAGCAGCAGCGGUAGCAGCAGCAGAAGUAAUAGCAGGCAUGAGAUAAGUGUUAGUAGUUGCUGGCCUUUCAUACGAAGACCCGAAAGUCUUUCACAAAAGUAAGUGUUGGCGCUGAUGAUCCAAAGUACCAUAUCAAAUGCAUAUUUAUGCAAUUGUAGUUUUCAUCGGUUUUAGACAUUACUAGGCAGAUAAAAGUAUGCAAAACGAAGUGUGUGUGUAUUUUCCCAGAGAAAUUUUAAUGAUGUAUCUUCUAUUUUAUGCUUUCUUUAUUUAAAGAUGAACAUAGAUCUGUG